CCAAAAACUGACUUCCGGACACCGCAACGUUGUUCCCUCCCUCUCCCGUUCCAAAACCAAACACUGAUUAACGACACUCAGUAUGAAUUAUGCGAGCGUACACGGUCGCUACCAGUGGACUUUCACUGCACGCACGUCCAUUUAACGGAUAUCUGAACGUCUACUCGCCAGUGUCGUUUCUCGUGGACAGCAUUUUGGGGAUUUCUGAGAGGUCGCCGGUGGUUGGGUUUUUGAACUGAAGGUCCGAGAGGACUCCUUUCACCCGUGGCGGAUUUUAAUGACAAAGGAACGAACUGGGAUUUAAAAUGACGCGAAUUUGCAGGAUGGAACAUCUAUCUCUUCUACUCUUGUUUUUAUCGAUGGGUGUAUCCCAUGCCAGGGUGGUGUCUGUGUCCCCUGGCCCUCUGCUCCGUGUGGCGGGCCAACCUGUCUCACUGCGCUGUGAUGUCACUGACUACGAGGGGCCCAGGGAGCAGGAUUUUGACUGGACCAUGCAGCAGGCGGAGGCGGGGUCUAUCCAAGUAAUCUCCACCUUCGACCCAAAGUAUUCGGACUUGUCGCUAAGCGACCGGGUGGCCAGUGGGGACCUGAGCGUGGUGCGGCUGGGGGACAGCGUGGUGGAGCUGAGGAUACAGGAAGUGAGGUCUUCAGACAGCGCCACGUACCUCUGCAGUACACCCAGUACGGACUCUGUCUUCAGCGGGAACUACGACGCAGGGGUCACGCUCAAAGUCAUUGCUAACACCCUGAAGGUGGCCCCGGAGGCCCCAGAGCCCGUGGUCCCCGAAGGUGGCGACAUCACCCUCUCCUGCAACGUCACCCGCCACUUCACUGAUCCCACCUACCUGUCCGUCACCUGGUCGCUACGGAGACCAGGCAUCCCAUUGGUGGAUAUCCUGACCGUUGGCCCAGAUGGGGAUGUGGUCACAGGAAGUGGCUCCGCCCAGCGCUAUGCUGACGGGGGGCUCCGAUUGGCUAUUCGCAGAGAUGGGGCAUUUGGAUUGGUUGUUGCCGGGGUGACGCAGGCUGAUGCAGGGAUGUACGUGUGCACGGGGAGGGAAUGGAUUCACGAGGAAGGGGGUCAGUGGAAGAACAUCGUGGGGAAGACUGUGGAGAUGGGAGCUGUGGCAGUCACACCUACAGCUCGUUCCUUGUCUGUCGUGGCCAUGUCCAACACCACGCUCAACAUGGACGACACCCUGACCCUCACCUGCCUGGUCUCCGCGGGUAACUUGGUCUCCCUGGCCCUGGAGGUCACCUGGCUUGUGGACGGACGCACAGCGGUCAGCCUGGGCCGUGACGGGGUGGUCUCAAAUGGGUCCCCCUCGGUGGGGCUGGAGCGGACGGGGCCAGGGGAGUUUAGGCUGGUGGUGAGGGGGGUAAGGGGGUCUGAUAAGGGGAUGUACUCCUGUAGGGUCCGGGCCUGGGUCGGAGGAGGAGGAAGAUGGUACCAGGCUGCAGAGAAGACCUCCAACCCAGUACAAGUUCUAGUCACACAGAUCAAGCCUAAUUUCGCAGUGACCCUUACCCCCUCAUCGACCCCGCAGGUCACAGGUGACCCCACAGAGCUGGCGUGUCAUGUGACCAACAUCACCCACUUCCUUGCAGGGGGCCGACUGGGCGUGACCUGGGAGUACACGCCACUUCCUGGUCCACCUGGCGACCGCCUGACAACCGCACAGACCACCCUCCCUAUUGGUUCCCUGGAUGCCCACGGCAACCUGAAGUCUGGGACGCUGUACCGUGAUAGGUUGGAGUCUGGUGCCAUCGUUCUGACCCGAGUAGAACCGGAUACAUUCAAGCUCCGCUUCCUACGCACACAGGACGUGGACAUGGGGGCAUAUGCGUGCAGUGUGACAGCGUGGACUCCCUCUAGGCAGGGUGGAAUGGAGGAGGCAGCAGAGUUCCUCACCCCCCCUCUGACCGUCCGAUGGGAACCCAAACGUCCGUCUCUAACCGCCGUGGCACAGCGUGUGCGUGAGGCGGUGGCAGGCGGAGCCACCUUUGAGAUGAGCUGUACCGUAUCCCAUGUGCACUUGCAGGACCCGGGCUACUCUGUGCUGGUGCAGACUCAGGACAGUGUGGACUCUGCCACUAGAACCGUCCUCUCUCUCAGUCCUGACUCUGUACUACAACAUGGAGGGGCUACAGACCCUAACCGCAGGGACAGCCUGGUUCUGACCAAGACUGGUCCGGCUGAGUUCCGCUUCCGUCUGGCCGGAGUGCAGCAGGCUGACAGGGGCUUCUACUGGUGUGACAUCACUGCCUGGACCAAACAACCAGGCCAGGCCUGGACCAAAGCUGUCAGCGCCAAGUCUAACAAGGUCCAGAUCAACUUCCAGGAGACUGGCCCCUUGUUCGCUGUGGCCAUCCGCUCUGACACCACCACUCUUUAUCCCUGGGAGACCGCCAAGAUGGUGUGUGCCCUCAGCGUCUCUGGAGCAUCCCCCAAGUCAGAUGACCUGUCCUACGAGGUACGUUGGUACCUCACGCGGCUGAGAGGGGGGAACAAAGGCACCCUACUGGCAAGCGUGGACCGCUUCGGUCUGGUCAAGAAGGAGGCGCGCAACGCCAGCAGUGACGUGUCCCUGGAGCGAACAGACACACACACCUACGCCCUGAACAUCCACGCCACCCAGGACAGCGACAGCGGAGAGUAUCACUGCCAGGCCACGCCCUGGUACCUGUCUGCCUCCACAGGGGCCUGGACACACGGGGCAGAACUCACCUCUACCAGGGUGUUCCUCACUGUACGAUUCCCCAUGUGGGACUCUCUGAAGCUGCCUCUGCUGUACGGUUCUGUAGCCUCUGUGUCCGUGGGGCUCUUCUCUCUCCUCCUGGGUUUCAUCUGUGCCCACUGCUGCUGCCGCAACACCACACACACCCCCCGCUCACGCAACAAACUCAUGGACCUGGAGAUGGAUUGACUAGCACAGGCCCGCUGGAGCGACCACCGCUUCUCCAGCUGAUGAACUACGAGCACGUUACCGCGCUGGCACAUUACCACGGCAACGGCAGACAUUUGACCAAUCACAGCCCUUCGGGUGCACUCCGUGGAGCUUUUAAGCGCACCAACGGGAGAGGAGGAGGAGGAGAGACAAUAGGACAUUUACUGUGGAGCUGUAGAGGGGGAAAAAACACUGAACUGAAUCAACUGCUAAAGAAGAGUGCAGGAUAUCUAGUCUGCCUAUGUGAACGUAUUGAUGUUAGGUAUUGCACAAAACAGCCCUGGAGUAUUCCUACCUUAGUGGACUUUGUCUACGUUUGUCCUCAUCACUCGUUUUUGAAAUGAGAGUGCUUUUAAAUGGAGAUGUGUGUGUACCAUAUUUGUGCUGUUUGCCACACCUGAGGCUGGGAAAGAGAGCCACUUUACCCGUUUUGUCCAGCCCUGUUCCUGGUGUGAUGUCAUCCUGGUGUGAUGACAAUUCAGUGACUCGACAGCAACUAGCCAGGUUCCUUGGUGCAUGUUGAUGACCUCAGAGGCUCUCCUCUAGAGCGAGUGAAAGACACUUAAGGACCCAGAGCUCACCUGCUGUUACCCCUUACACUGACACUGGUGCUACCCCCACUGUGAAGGACAUUGAUGUUAUAUGUUGGACCUAGGGUUUAUAUGGGGCAGGUUGAGGAGCAAGCUGGCCAAUAAGAGAGUGGACUAGUGGUGGUGACUGAGAGGGGUGGUAUGAUAUGGACUGACACAGUCAGAGGGAGACAUUGUUUAUAUAGGUAGCAUACUGGAUUAAUGCGUGGAACCUGCAGUCCUCCACACACUCUCCCAGCCAAUGCCUGGCUCUAGCUGAAGAAGUCCCAACGUGGCUUCCUCGUCUCCUCUGCUUCAUCUGCACUGAUCAAUAAACACAGGAUGGAUCUAAGCAAUAUAAUGGUUGAAGCCUACCCGUUUCAUUCACAUCAGUGCAGAUGAAGCGAAGAAGACGGGAUGAGGAAGCCAGAGCAUGGAGAUACACCCGUGGAAUGCAAUGGAGAAGGAUUUGAGAUAGAACUGUCAAUAAACCCAUUCCUGAAAGCAACCUCCAUGUCACCUCCCAGUUUAGUAGGGCCCAGUCCCUUAGGGAGUCUUCUUCCCCGGUCUCUGGUACAGUACAAUAGCUGUGUCCAUAGAAAGGACUAUGCUGUGUUUGUAUGGGGCUGGGGCUCUCAGGGCUGUUGUGUGUGUUCCUGGGGUUAGUGGUUGGCCCAGCAGUAUUCUGCCCAGCGACAAAGACCAGCCUUACCCUCUACUAAUUACCCCAACUUAGACCCAGAAGGCCCUUUUAGAAUGGUCCUGUACCUGAUGUCAACUACCACCCCUGAAAUGCUACCCUGUCUGUACACACACACACACUCUAUAUGCUGUCAACACUCAACAUACUGAAAUGCUACCCUGUCUGUACACACACACACACACACACUCUAUAUGCUGUCAACACUCAACAUACUGAAAUGCUACCCUGUCUGUACACACACACACACUCUAUAUGCUGUCAACACUCAACAUACUGAAAUGCUACCCUGUCUGUACACACACACACACUCUAUAUGCUGUCAACACUCAACAUACUGAAAUGCUACCCUGUCUGUACACACACACACACACACACACACACACACACACUCUAUAUGCUGUCAACACUCAACAUACUGAAAUGCUACCCUGUCUGUACACACACACACACUCUAUAUGCUGUCAACACUCAACAUACUGACAUCCACACCAACAGUUAAACACACACUCCUCUUAUCCAUUGCCAUGUACCCCAACAUCUACAAAUAAAAUCACACUCCUCGUGCACACGCACACACAACCCUGUAUACACACUGUCCUGUAUACACACUGCCAAUGUAACCCUGAGUGAAUGCACAUCUUGUGAGAGGCACCAGGUGUAUCUAGGUUCUGGCCAGGUACCAACUGGGGCUUUGGCUCUGGGAUCUGACCUGGUUUAACUCACUAGUGCCCCCAAUGGGAGAAGAGCUGCUGUGUGCCAAUCAAUAAACCAGGGCCCUGUUAAAAUACUUAGAAAUUGCAUCCUUCCUUAUCUGACAUGACUGGAUUGGUGAAAGAUGUGUAGUGGAACCCUGGCUAUCAGCUGCCAUACAUCUGUAUGAGAUCAGACAUGUAAUUGAAGGAAAGAGAUGCAAUUUAUAGUAUUGGUAUCAGGCCUCGAGCUGUCCCACUGUGUGGGUGAAAGGUGUCCCUAAGCACUGACCCAAGGUCUGUUCUGUGUGCAACCUUGUAAGUAUUUAGUUCAGGUUUGGACUUGGGGAAGCUGAUCUGAGAUCUAUUCGAAGAACCUCCCUAAAGUCUAGAACCACAGACCGAUAGGACAACCGCCAACACAAAACACUGCAAGUUCUUUUUAAAAAUCCUUACUGUCAUUUUAUUUUUUGUAAUUUGAAAUAGAUUUCUAAGUCUUUGUAAAUGAUUGUAAAGCCCAAUAUGGAUUUUUAUCUGACAUGAAUAUCUUAUUCUGUGCCAACAUUUUCUGGGUAACGAUCAAUCAGGGUUUUUUAUGAUUCGCCUCUGCUUCCAGGCCUCUGAAAAACUUCAAAUAUUUCUGCCAGAAUAAAUGUUUUAUAACAGUA